AUGGGAGCUCCGGCCUCUGCCGGGGCGACCUCGACGGCUGCGGCAGGGCAGCCGACUCGAUCCUCGAGCACCCACCCUUCCCAUUCCCAUAAUGUCCCUCUGAGCGCUCGGAGGUCCGCGCCCCUUGAUCUCUCCACCGUGGAACGACGAGGACAACCGAACAAUCCUCGAGAACCCUCCAAGCGCAUUCGCCCACAUGGAAUCCCAGAAGCUCCGACCUUCCGGCCGACAGAGGAGGAGUUCAAAGACCCUGUGGCCUAUAUUCAGAAGAUUGCACCCGAAGGCAAGAAGUAUGGAAUUUGUCGAGUCGUGCCGCCAGAGGGCUGGCAACCAACUUUCGCAAUUGAUACCGAGCGCUUCCAUUUCAAGACCCGCCGGCAAGAACUCAAUUCCGUCGAAGGAGGAAACCGCGCAAACAUGAACUACGUCGAUGGACUCGCCAUGUUCCACAAACAGCACGGGACUAAUUACAGCCGACUCCCCAGUGUUGACAAACGACCACUAGAUCUCUACAAGCUCAAGAAGGCGGUCGAGAGUCGUGGUGGAUUCGAAUCGGUGUGCAAGUUGAAGAAAUGGGCGGAAAUUGGUCGCGAUCUCGGAUACAGCGGCAAAAUCAUGUCCUCCUUGUCAACAUCUCUCAAAAAUUCCUACCAACGAUAUCUUCAGCCUUACGAAGAAUACUUGGCACGCGCUAAACCCGGCGUUCAACAGCAGCUGGAACUGGAACAUGGCGGCCCAUACACUCCUUCGCCACUCCCAUCUCCGAUGACCAUGGCCCAGCGGCCCACCGUGGAAGAAAAUGGUACGCCCUCUAAAGUCCGCGAUGAAAGCUCUGGCCUGCCUCGGAUGGCUGCUUCACAUACCCCAUUGGCACAUACUCCAUUGGGGCAGACCCCGAUAGGCCAUACACCGGUAGCGCGCUCUCCGAUGGAGAAGUCACCCGAGAAGCCCACACCUCCCGUCGAACCUACACCUCCCCGUCCGGCCGCCACAGGCUUCACGUCCGUUAAUGCAGGGCUCGGUGGAUUUACCGCGGUCAACCGCUCCCCAUUCACCCCGAGUAGCACCGGUCCACCGAUCAAGCGGGAGGGUGAGAACGGAACAUCAACACCGCAAGUAGAGCCCGAGCAUCGCGAUGCUUCUGCGCCUAUCAAUGGCCAAACAGAAGAGCUUUUGAAGCGCUCCAUAAGCCACGACGAAGGCUCUCAAACGGAGAACGGUGACGAGGAUGGCGACAAUGGGCGCCGAAGCAAGCGCUUGAAAAGGGAUUCGCUUCCUACUAUUGCAGGCUCUCAUAUGUCGCUUCUUCGCCCGGCCCCACCAAAGCCCCGCAAGGAUGGGUCUCAACCAGUUGGAGAGAAGUGCGAGACUUGUGGCAAGUCGGAUAACCAAGAAACCAUCCUUGUGUGCGACGGCUGCGAGCUUGGAUAUCACACAGCAUGCUUGGACCCGUCAACUACGACGCCGUCAGAGCAUGACUGGCACUGCCCCAAGUGCUUGGUCGGCACAGGAGAGUUCGGAUUCGAGGACGGAGGCGUCUACUCACUGAAGCAAUUCCAGGAGAAGGCCAACGAGUUCAAGAAGAAAUAUUUCGCCUCGAAGAUGCCCUUUGAUCCCGUACUCAACACGCACCGGCGCGAGACUGAAGACGACGUCGAGGCCGAGUUCUGGAAACUUGUUGUCGAUCUACAUGAGACCGUCGAGGUCGAAUAUGGCGCAGACAUUCAUUCAACUACUCACGGAAGUGGUUUCCCUACCGUGGAACGCAACCCGUUGGAUCAGUUCUCGUCUGAUCCCUGGAACUUGAACGUUCUUCCGUUCUAUGGCGACUCUCUCUUCCGUUAUAUCAAGUCUGAUAUCUCUGGGAUGACUGUUCCUUGGGUCUAUGUCGGCAUGUGCUUUUCAACAUUCUGCUGGCAUAACGAAGAUCAUUACGCCUACUCAGCCAACUACCAGCACUUUGGCGCUACCAAGACCUGGUAUGGGAUUCCGGGUGCCGAUGCAGAGGCCUUUGAAGCUGCCAUGCGCGAAGCAGUACCUGAACUAUUCGAGGGACAACCAGACCUGCUGUUCCAGCUCGUGACCUUGAUGCCCCCCGACAAACUCCGCAAGGCGGGCGUCAACGUUUACGCCGUCGAUCAGCGAGCCGGCCAGUUCGUGCUGACGUUCCCUCAGGCUUACCAUGCGGGUUUCAACCAUGGUUUCAAUUUCAACGAAGCAGUGAAUUUUGCCCCAGCAGACUGGGAGCCCUUCGGUGCCGCGGGUGUUGAUCGUCUCCAGAACUUCCGUAGACACCCGUGCUUCUCCCAUGAUGAACUCCUUCUCACGGCUGCUGCUCGCGAUACUUCUAUUGCCACUGCCAAGUGGCUGGCACCUGCAUUAGCAAGGACGUGUGCCCGAGAAAUUGCUGAAAGAGCCGCGUUCCUUUAUCGACAGAAGGAAGCCGCCGCUCGCACCUCUGGCUCUGGUAUUGAGUCUAUGUCGGAUAAUUUCCAUUCCACGGUCGUAGUUGAUGAUCAGGAUCUCCCAGAGGAAGAUUCCCAGUGCCAGCACUGCAAGGCGUAUGCUUACCUUACGCAGUUCCGUUGCCACAAAUCAGGCAAAACUGUCUGUUUGUCGCACGUGGACAGCUAUGACUGCUGUGGUGAGACACUUCCUCAGAAACUAUGCGGUCCGGGUCAUACCUUGCGGUACCGGAUGAGUGACGAGGCACUGCAGACCGUUGCGCAGAAGGUUCAGGAACGGGCCAGGAUCCCAGAGGCGUGGUCCGAGAAACUCGACAAAACUCUGGAGGAUGAACCAAAGCCCCAGCUGAAGGCCCUUCAUAACUUGCUCAGUGAAGGUGAGAAAAUCCCAUACCACUUGUCUGGCCUCCAGGAUCUUGCGGCAUUCGUCCAGCGUUGCGAUAAAUGGGUUGAAGAAGCCAAUAACUACAUUACCCGGAAGCAGCAAAACCGGAGAAAAAACGAAAAGGCUUGGCGCAGGACUAGUACCAAGACAGCGCAGCUGGACGAUCGCGAUCGUGAAGUCCGCAGGGUUGAACAUAUCUACGCCCUACUGGCAGAGGCUGAUAAACUUUCGUUCCACUGUCCACAGAUGGCGGCGUUGGAAGAGAAAACCCGCGAAAUCGAGAAAUUCCGCCAGGAUAUUAGUGGUGCCCUAAUGAAUCCACAAUCCCGACCCAUCCAAGAGGUCGAAGAGCUGAUCGAAGCUGGCAAGAACUUCAACGUGGAAAUUCCGGAGCUGGAACACCUGGAGCAAGUUUCUCGCCAAAUCAAAUGGACUGAUGAAGCUGCUCGCAGGCGGGACAAAUUUAUGAACCUCAAGGAUUGUCAUGAACUCGUUGCCGGUGCUGAACAGCUGGGUCUUCCCGAGAACAACGAGCACUUGCUGCAUUUCAAGGAGCUCGCCCGCCAUGGCGAUGCGUGGGAGCUGAAAGCCAAGGAACUCAUGUCGGUCGAGGCAGUGCAUUAUCAGCAACUAGAAGCUCUCUCUGCGCAGGCCGCUCGUUUCCCAGUAUCGCCAGAAACUCUCGCAUCUGUGGAGGCUAUAUUGACCAAGCAACGUGAGGCGCAGAGGCGGAUCCAGACUCUGUACGAAAAGAGCAAGGACCCCGAGAUGAAGAAUCGUCCUAAGUACAAGGAGAUUCGCGACCUCAUGGAGACUCUUGAGCCCUUGACUUCCCGACCCAUUGGCGCAAUUGACUUGGAGCGAGAACAAAAACGCCACGAAGACUGGAUGAGGAAGGGCAAAAAGCUCUUCGGCAAAGCGAACGCUCCUCUUCACAUUCUCAAAUCUCAUAUGGAGUAUGUGGAAAAGCGAAAUUCGUACUGCUUCGACCUCGAAGACAGCUACAGACCACCUGUGGAACCUUCAUCCCGAGACAACUCACCAGAGGGUCUUCUCGAGAGUGCCAUUAUUCCCAACCCGUGGGGUCAAAAAUCUCGCAAGAGAGAUGUGUUUUGCAUCUGCCGUCACUCAGAGGCGGGAAUGAUGAUCGAGUGUGAGGUCUGCCAUGAAUGGUAUCACGGCAAGUGCUUGAAAAUUGCCCGUGGUAAAGUCAAAGAGUUUGACAAGUAUACCUGCCCGAUCUGUGACUGGCGACAGAAGAUUCCUCGUGAUGCUGCUCGUCCGAAACUAGAGGAUCUCCAGGACUGGCACGCAGAAAUAGCAACUCUUCCUUUCCAGCCAGAGGAAGAAGAAGUCCUGGAGAGCAUCAUCAACCAAGCGACGGCCUUCCGUGAUUUCUUACAUGGCUUUACAAAUGCUGCUUGCACAACCACCGAGGAAGUGCCUACUUUGAUCUUCUACCUCCGCAAAAUCGAGGGAGCAGAGGUGCUGUUGACCUCCGAAACCAACUUCUUCCGGCAAGAGAUCCACAAGUGGGCACCUGUCGCCCCGGAGCCUCCUCCAAUCUUGGACCAGUCCUUGUCCACCCGGAAGCCCCGCCCUACCAAGCAACAAAAAAUGAUGGCCCAACUUGGAGUGAACCGUCCCGAGGAUCUCCCUGAGCACCUUCGUCCUAAGCAUCUGGGCGCUACAAAACGUAAAUCGGUCGAUGUCUCUCAGCCUGCUCAAAACACACCACCUUCCCUACAGCCGGCGCCGACAACUUCCAGCAGUGCCCCACCUCCUACAACAGGUCCGACCUUGGCUCAGAUGACAGAUCCUAACGUUGCGCCAUACCCCUUCUCCGCGAAUUAUUCUUUGCCUGGUAGUGAUUCUACGCCGGCUUUUGCUCCACAUUCAUCCUCAGCCUUCCUCCCUCAUGCCGCCGCUUCUCAGUCUCCAUCAUUCCUCCCUCGCUCUCCUCCCCCACAGCAAGACAUCGAAACUUCUCUGUUCAGCCCUCCACGAUUUGGACAUGACCCUCAGUUCGCGAGCAGCAGUCCUCGUCAGAACCUCGAUGAUGUGUUUGCAGAUUUGACAAAUCAAGAAAUUGACCCCGAUGCCGAGCCACAGCCGAUGGAGAACACACAUGCCAACGAGGCCCUGGAGGCUCUUGUCGUGAGCAACGGCAGCAGUCGUGCUGGAUCUGUCCCGGAAGAACCGGUUGAAAUGGGUGAAACCCAAGAUCCCCCUAAACUCGAGGGUGCCAAUGAAGAGCUUGACGAAGAACUUUGA